CCGAUCUCGAUUAUGUUGCUGUUUUACAUUCGUAGAAGACGACAGUUCGCUGCUAUAAACAAAACUGUCUCUCAGUUAAUAUUUUUCUGAUAUAUAAAUCUGCUUGGUUGGACCACGAGAUGACCCUAAAACAUCUGUGAGAGUUUGAAUCCGGGUCCAAAGCUGCCAUGACCCGAUCCACAGUCUGACUGAAAGAGAAUGGCUGCGGAGCUGUUUCCCACUAAGAAGCUGGUUCCGUCCGCCUCCAUCCAGCAGUACCAACAACAGAACCUGACUAACAACAACACCUCGACCAGCGCCACCAAUCGCUGCUGCAACUGGCAGGGCCUGUACCCCACCAUCCGGGAGAGGAACUCAGUCAUGUUCAACAAUGAGAUGAUGGCAGACGUCUUCUUUGUGGUCGGACCGCAGGGCGGGACUCAGCGCGUUCCGGGCCACAAGUACGUCCUGGCCGUCGGCAGUUCGGUGUUCCACGCCAUGUUCUACGGCGAGCUGGCUGAGGAUCAGGAUGAGAUCCGCAUCCCUGAUGUGGAGCCGCCAUCGUUUCUCGCCAUGUUGAAGUACAUCUACUGCGACGAGAUUGACCUGUGUGCCGACACGGUGCUGGCCACGCUGUACGCCGCCAAGAAGUACAUCGUGCCUCACCUGGCCCGUGCCUGCGUCAACUUCCUGGAGACCAGCCUGAGCGCUAAAAACGCCUGCGUGUUGUUGUCUCAGAGCUGCCUCUUUGAGGAGCCCGACCUGACGCAGCGCUGCUGGGAGGUGAUCGAUGCGCAGGCCGAGCUGGCACUGCGCUCCGAGGGCUUCUGUGACAUCGACGCGCAGACGCUGGAGAGCAUCCUGCGGCGCGAGACGCUCAACGCCAAGGAGAUGGUGGUGUUCGAGGCGGCGCUGAGCUGGGCUGAGGCCGAGUGCCAGCGGCAGGAUCUGCAGCCCAGCAUCGAGAACAAGCGUCUGGUUCUGGGCAAGGCGAUCUACCUGAUCCGCAUCCCCACCAUGGCGCUGGAAGACUUUGCUAACGGGGCAGCACAAUCGGGCGUGUUGACACUCAACGAGACCAAUGACAUCUUCCUGUGGUACACAGCCGCCAACAAGCCCGAGCUCUUGUUCUGCACCAAACCUCGCAAAGGCCUGGCGCCGCAGCGCUGCCACCGCUUCCAGUCGUGCGCCUACCGGAGCAACCAGUGGCGGUACCGCGGCCGCUGCGACAGCAUCCAGUUCGCUGUGGACAAGCGUGUCUUCAUCGCCGGUUUUGGCCUGUACGGGUCCAGCUGCGGCUCGGCCGAGUACAGCGCCAAGAUUGAGCUGAAGCGUCAGGGCGUGGCCAUGGCGCAGCGCGUCAUCAAGUACUUCUCAGACGGCUCAAGCAGCACCUUCCCUGUCUGGUUUGAGUACCCAGUCCAGAUCGAGCCCGACACCUUUUACACGGCCAGCGUGGUCCUGGAUGGCAAUGAGCUCAGCUACUUUGGCCAGGAGGGCAUGACCGAGGUACAGUGCGGCAAAGUCACCUUCCAGUUCCAGUGCUCCUCCGACAGCACCAACGGCACCGGCGUGCAAGGCGGACAGAUCCCUGAGCUCAUCUUCUACGCCUGAGUGUGUCUGCU